UUUAUCCAAUUGGACGUUUGCAAGUCUGCAACUUUACAAUCAAACUUUCAAGGGAAAAAAAAAAUGGAAGAUGAAGAGAGAGGAGGGCCAAGAUUAAGCAAAAGAUUCAGCGACAAAAACGCACAAGGGGAAGUGGAUUACAAAACAAAAGCAGGAACAGCGUGGUCACACUCAUAUCUGAAUCAGAAGCCAUGGCAUCCCCUUUCUUACCCUAAUCAACGCCGUAAAUGGAUCGCUGAACAAACUCAUGCCAACCAAGAACGCCGUGCUGAAGAAGUUGCUCGUGAGUAUGCUCAGGAACAAGAGUUUUUUCGACAAGCUGCGCUUGUUUCGAAGAAAGAGAAGGAAAAGAUGGAGAAUUUGAAAGCUGUUAGCUUUAUGUAUAUUCGACCACCUGGCUAUGAUCCUGAAAGUGCCAAAGCUGCAGAGGUUGCUGAGGAGAAGAGAACUCAGGACCCCUCACUAGAUCCACAUUCGGAGGAGACUCAUACGGUGCAAGAACCUGUGCCUCCCAAUGAGCAAAAGAAGAAGCCAAGGCCUAAAGAUGUUUUUGGUCGUGCCCUACCAACGGAAGAAGAAUUUGAAGCCCUUAAAAAUGCCCCAAAGAUGGAGACUGGUGUUGCUGGAAGGGCAAGGCCAUUUGGAAUUGAAAUACGGAAUGUAAAAUGUGUGAGAUGCGGAGCGUUUGGCCACCAAAGUGGUGAUCGAGAAUGUCCAUUAAAGGAUACUAUAAUGCCUAAUGAAGAAAGCCGAUUGAAAAGAGAUGAUCCUUUAACAGCUAUCAUAGCCCAGACAGAAUCAUCCGAGCCUCUUAAAUGGGAGUUGAAACAACAGCCUGGAAUGAGUCCACCUCGUGGUGGGUUCAGACCAGACGAUCCAAACCAGCAGAUUGUUGCAGAAGACAUUUUUGAUGAAUAUGGAGGGUUUCUUGGUGAGGAUGUGAUCCCUAAUCUACUAGCCAACUUCUCUACAAGCAAGCAAAAGAAGUCUAGUAAGAGAAAACACAAAGGACAGUCACCAUCAGUGAUUAAGGGCCAUCAAGACAAUACGUCUUCUGAUGAUGAUAGAAAAAGAUCAAAGAAGAGUAAAAGUCGACAUAAGAAGAGAAAGAAACGAGUACAGUCCGAAUCAAGUUCAUCUGAUGACUCGGAAGUUGAUAGGCAUAAGAGGAGCAGAGGCAGUGGGCAUAGGCGGCAUGGUAGAUCAGAGAGUUCAGAAUCUGACCAGAAACAAAGAUUCGAACAUCGUCAUCACCGUCAUCAACACCACCACCGUCACCGUAGACGUUCAGAUUACUCAGACUGAGAGUGUUGCAGUAAACCACAUUGUACAAUUCUGUUUUGACAUUUAUCGUGUAAUUUUGCAUCUUUGAUAAAUGGAAAGAAAAGUUAGUAGGCGUUUGACUUUGA